AUGGCAGCUAUUGCAGCUGGAACAGGAAAUAAGACAUUGGUAUGCCAAGAUCCCCACAGUUAUGGUCACUCGGAUAUCUGGCACUCAGGCAACCCUUUCCAGUCCCCCUCUAGUCUUCUCUUUAUGCAGGUUUCUUUGAUUACCUUAGUCACACAGUUCAUAGACAAAGGUCUCAAGCCACUAGGACAAUCCUCUCUUGUAUCCCAGAUUCUUGGUGGAGUGGUGUUUGGACCAUCAGUUUUGGGGCACAAAAAGAUUCUAGGUCAACUCUUAUUCCCCAUAAAGGGUGCUCUAGUGCUUGAAACAGUUGCAUCGUUUGGCCUCAUGUUCUUCUUCUUCAUAUGGUGCGUUAAAAUGGAUGUUGCCACAAUGUUGAAGACGGAAAAGCUGGCCAUCACUCUUGGUAUUUCUAUAUUCUCACUCACAUUGAUAAUCCCUACUGCACUGGCCUUUCUGUUGAAGAAAUAUGUUCCAAUGGACAAGAGUCUCGCUAACGCACUGCCCUUUCUAGCUGUCUCACAAACCUUAACUGCGUUCAUUAGCAUAGCAGUGCUCUUGACAGAUCUCAAAGUCCUUAACACCGACUUAGGACGUUUAACCAUGUCAGCAGCGAUGUUUGCUGAUGUUGCGGGUUUUACUUUGACAGUGGUUUUGUUUGCAAUAAUGCAGAACAAGAGUCAUAACCUUUUUAAUCUAGUAAUCAUCCUUGUAGCCACAGUUUUAUUCAUGCUUGUUAUUAUAUAUGUGUUGCGGCCAGCAAUACUUUGGAUGGUAAAGCAUGCAGGAAAUGGUUCAGUUAAUGAAAUUUGCAUUGUUUGCAUCUUUCUCUUUGUUCUCUUGUCUGGACUUCUCAGUGAGUUUAUUGGGCAGCAUUUUAUUAUGGGACCGAUAAUUUUAGGCCUGGCUGUUCCAGAAGGGCCGCCCUUAGGAACAGCUUUGAUGACCAAAUUGGACACAAUCUGUUUGACAUUUCUUUAUCCCAUCUACCUUGCUGUUAAUGGGUUGCAAACUGAUAUCUUCAAAAUCGAUAUGCAGUCUCUCUGGAUUUUGUGUCUUGUACUGGUUGCGGCUUUCUUUGUAAAGAUUGGUGCUGUCAUGUUGCCAGGAUACUUUUACAAUCUACCCAUGAAAGAGUGUUUUGUGAUUGGCCUACUUCUGAAUGGAAGGGGUAUAGCUGAGAUUAGCAUGUACAAUUUGUGGACAGCAAGCAAGCUACUAUCGGAACAAGAAUUCUCAUUGAUGGUGAUUUCCAUUUUAGUAGUAAAUGCUAUAUUAGCACCACUCAUAAAAUACAUAUAUGAUCCUUCAGAACAAUACCAGACCGGAAGAAGAUGCACAAUUCAACACAAUAAGCGAGAUUCGGAGCUUCGACUCAUGGUGUGCAUUCACAACAAUGACAACCUUCCCACAAUUCUCAACCUCUUAGAAGCAUCCUAUGCAAGCAGAGAGAACACUGUCACGGUCACAGCAUUAGUCCUAGUGGAGCUUCAUGGAAGAGCAAGGCCUAUUCUUGUUGCUAACCAACCCUAUGAUGACCUUCGCUCGGGGUCAUGCAAUGCAAAUCACAUUGACAAUGCCCUUAGGCAAUAUGCACGGCAGAAUGAAGGAUAUGUAUCUGUUCAAUCUUUCACUUCAAUCUCCACAUUUGACACCAUGUAUGAUGACAUUUGCCGAAUAUCACUAGAUAGCGGAGCCAACAUUUUGAUCAUUCCAUUUCACAAGAGAUGGGAAAUAGAUGGAACCGUUGAGGUUUCUCAUAGGUCAAUCAGAACCGUGAACAUUAAAGUCCUCGAAAUGGCACCAUGUUCUGUUGGUAUUUUAGUUGAUAGAGGCACCUUAAGUGCUUCUCCAUCACUCUUGAUGGCUAGAGCAGCAUACUAUGUUGCUGUGUUAUUCGUCGGGGGUGCAGAUGAUGCUGAGACACUAGCCUAUGGUACUAGAAUGGCUAGGCAUGAAUCUGUGUUUGUGACAGUGGUUAGGUUCCUUCUGUUUGGUGAGGAAAAUUCUAAGGAUAGAAAACGUGAUAGUGAUCUUAUAGAUGAAUAUAGAUACUACAAUGCUGGAAACCGUAGGUUUGAGAUAUUGGAUGAAGUGGUGAAAGAUGGAAUAGAGAUGUCUAGCUGCAUAAGAAGGUUGGUGGAUUAUUUUGAUCUUGUGAUGGUGGGGAGGGAGCAUCCAGAUAGUGUUUUGUUUCAGGGACAUGACCAUUGGAGUGAGUGUCCAGAGUUAGGGGUCGUUGGGGACAUGCUAGCAUCACCAGAUUUUGCGACCAAGGCAUCGGUGUUGAUUGUGCAACAACAGAGAAUAAGAGGAAGGUUUGCGACACAAAGUCUGAAUCCUAUGCCAAAUCGCAAAGAUCAGCUCGUGCAUGAUGUUCCAAUCGAUCACACGUUAAGUCCUUCAUGUACUAUUUCAGUCGACAAAUAAUGUGACAGAAUGUAGACAGAUUCCCAUGUCAGUGAAAUUUUUUAGAUUC